GUGCGGUGACCAGUCCGGAGUUCUCCGUUGCACCGGGCUGCAUAUGUUGCAGGAGGCGGGACGCAUCCUCUCUGGGAUGAAAUGAAAGAUGCCUAAAGAAAACGGUGGACUCUGUCAGCGAGGGUUUUAAACACUGAAGCUUCCUGUGGAUUCAUCAGCAGGUCAGAUCUGAUCCAUGCUCUCUCUCCAUGCUCUCUGAUGCCCACACGUUGAACUUGAAGCAUUGCUGACAUAAAGCUCUCAGUGACCAGCAGGAGGCGCCGGCAGGAGGCAAAGGCUGUCUGCAGGAGGCGAAGGCUGUCUGCAGGAGGCGAAGGCUGUCUGCAGGAGGGGAAGGCUGUCUGCAGGAGGGAUGGUGAUGGAAAGUGUAGCUGGGAAGAAGCUCCUGGAGAUCACUGGACCGGCUUUGUCCCAGAGGAAACUCCUGGUGGGCCUGGACCUGCUGUGCCUCCUCCUGGCUUCCAUUCCUUUCUUUGCCUGUGAGUUGAAAGCAGUGAGUCCUUACAGGAGGGGCUUUAUGUGUGGAGACCCCAGCAUCACUUAUCCCUACCAGCACCGAGAGGCCAUAUCUGACGAGUUACUCAUCAGCGGCGGCAUCAUCAUCACCGGCCUCACUAUCACCCUCGGGGAGUGUUACCGGGUCCGUUUCCUCGCCGUCAGCUCCAAGGCCUUCAUCAGGAACCUGUAUGUGUCGUGUCUGUACAAGGAGCUGGGCUGCUUCCUGUUCGGCUGCUGCGUCGGCCAAUCGCUCACUAACAUGGCCAAGCUGAGCGUUGGCCGGCUGCGACCUCACUUCCUGUCCGUGUGUGGGGUUACAUAUGCGUCGCUAAACUGCACACCAGGAACCUACGUCGCCACGGUGAACUGCCGCCAGCCGGACCACCGUUUAGAGGAGGCCAGGAAGUCCUUCUUCUCUGGCCACGCCUCCUUCGCCAUGUAUACAAUGCUCUAUUUAGCAUUUUACCUGCAGGCUCGGCUGACAUGGCGAGGGGCUCGGCUGCUCAGGCCCGCACUGCAGUUCUUUCUGGUUCUGCUAGCGGUUUACACCGGUCUGACCCGCAUCUCAGACUACAGACAUCACCCGUCUGAUGUGACAACAGGCUACAUACAGGGGGCGCUCACAGCUUACUGGGUGGUCAGUAUACACCUGGUUUGUUUUCAGUGUGUGUUCACAUGUUGCCGUGUUUAUGUUGGUCGUGUGUUUGUUUCUCGCAGGCCUUCCACAUCUCGUCCAUGUUUAAGAGCAUAAGUUCAGAUCUGUCCCCGACUGAAACCCUGGACAGCCCCCUGUCCCCCCAACACACUGUCUGCUAGAUCCUCCCAUACCUGUACCAACAUCACCCACCUGCAGCCUGUAGUCCGCUUUGGAGAGAUGUGAAGUUUGUGAAACCAUUUCCUGUGAAGACAAAGCUCGUACCUCAGCGGGCCGAGCAAGAGAGAGUUUGUUUUGAGGCUCAGAGGACAAGAGAUGAAAGCUGAGAGCAAAUAAGAGGCGGGCAGGAAGUCUGAGCUCUUGACCCUUCGACCUUUGGACUGACCUCAGCUUCAGAUGUGACCUGUGAGAGGAGGCACCCCCCCCCUCCCCUCCACUCUCUACGGCACCUGUAAAUAUAAACAGAUUGUAUAUGGCACUGUUUUAAUCACACCUUAUUCUUUCUUCAGUUCCCCUUUGAUCAGGUAGGAGAUCCUGUGUUUUAUAUGAUGUAGCAACACAAAGACAGACGCUGGUGUUCCUAAUGUGCUGAUAGCUCCUGUUUGUAAUACAUGCAGUUUAUUAAUAAGAGAAUACACCUAACUCGUGUGUUUGACAGGUCUGCUGCUAUUUAUCUGACUUCAUGUUUAUUUUACUAAAUGUUGUUGUUAGACUUCUGACCAAUCAGAGAGCACAACAGUUAUUAAAUAAAUACGAUUAAAAAUCAA